CCACUCAAUCUGUUGCGAACACGAGAACGAGGGGAAAGCGACCGGAAGUUUACAAACAUUAUCCGAGGAAGAUACGAUUAAGCUAACGUUGUUCAUUUUAUUUUGACCAACGAAAAGCGACGGUUUAAACGAACAAAGAGAAAAUAUGGUUUGUGAAAAAUGCGAGAAGAAGCUUGGUAAAGUCAUCACACCGGACACCUGGAAGGAUGGAGCCCGGAAUACAACAGAGGGUGGUGGACGCAAGCUCAAUGAAAACAAGAUGCUGACUGCUAAGAAAGCCAGGUUUGACCCUUACAGCAAGACGGGCUUUGCUACCUGCAGGAUCUGCAAGAGCUCUGUUCAUCAGUCUGGAUCACACUACUGUCAGGGCUGUGCAUACAAGAAAGGAAUCUGUGCAAUGUGUGGAAAAAAAGUUUUGGACACAAAGAACUACAAACAGACAUCUGUGUGACAGCCUGUCGAUCAGAGAACAGCUACAAGGAUGAGACUGAUGGUGCAUGUUUGUCCUAGGUCACAUUUUCAGGACAGUGUCCUGUCAUAGACACCUAUGACUCUUUACUGUUAUUCUUCCCACCUUCGUGAAAGAGAGAGAUUUGGAGGUGGCUUUGCCCUCUUAUUAUAUAAAGCCACUGGAACUAUUAAAGUGGCCAUACCACCAGUUAUCACCUGCCCCUCAAGUUGAGGCUUCUAGAUUUUUCUGUAUAUUUUAAAUUCAAUACUUAGACUUGGAUUCUUUGCUUUUUAAAAACAGAUUUCUGUAUGUAAUAUAUGAAGUGUUGCAUUUUUGAGUGAAUUAAAGCAUUCAGUAGGAGUACAUUUGACAGGA